ACCCUUAUCCACUCCCCAGUCCUGCUCCAACACAAGCCUGAACACUCCGGGAGCCAAAUGGCCAGUCUCCUCCUCCUCCCGACUCACCUCCCUUCAAAUUUCUAUGAAUCUUCUUCUAAUCCAUUUCCACUUCCCCAUAAAACCUCCGUCGUGUCUGCUUCGGUGUCAUCAUCACCAAAAAGAACGAGAAGAAAGAGGCAGCAGCAGCAGCGGCGGCAGCAAUACAUAGGAGAAGACGAGAAUGGCUCCUCGGGAGCUCUAGUUUCCAUCGCGUCCAGUGCCGAGAAGGUCCUCAGACUGGUGUUCAUGGACGAACUAAUGGAACGCGCUAGAAAUGCCGACGUUUCUGGAGUUUCUGAUGUUAUUUAUGAUAUGAUUGCUGCUGGACUUAGUCCUGGACCUCGCUCUUUUCAUGGAUUGAUUGUUUCUAAUGUCCUCAACCGCGAUGAAGAAGGCGCUAUGCACGCUCUUAGAAGGGAGUUGAGUGAAGGUCUACGGCCUCUUCAUGAAACUUUUGUCGCUUUAGUUCGUUUGUUUGGUUCAAAAGGUUUAUCUGCUAGAGGCUUAGAAAUUCUGGCAGCCAUGGAGAAAUUGAACUUUGACAUUAGGAAAGCCUGGCUAGUGCUUGUAGAGGAGCUCAUUAGAAGCAAUCAUCUUGAAGAUGCCAACAAAGUUUUCCUAAAGGGGGCAGAAGGUGGGCUAAGAGCUACUGAUGAGCUAUAUGAUCUCAUAAUCCAAGAAGACUGUAAAGUUGGAGAUCAUGAAAAUGCACUGACGAUAGCCUACGAAAUGGAGUCAGCUGGCAGAAUGGCAACCACUUUCCACUUCAAUUGUCUAUUAAGUGUGCAGGCUACCUGUGGGAUACCUGAAAUUGCUUUUUCUACAUUUGAGAAUAUGGAAUAUGGAGAAGAUUACAUGAAACCUGAUACGGAAACAUAUAAUUGGGUGAUCCAAGCAUAUACAAGAGCUGACUCUUAUGAUAGGGUACAAGAUGUUGCAGAGUUACUUGGCAUGAUGGUUGAGGACCACAAACGUUUACAACCCAACGUGAGAACCUAUGCGUUGUUGGUUGAAUGCUUUACAAAAUAUUGUGUUGUGCGAGAAGCAAUUCGACAUUUUCGUGCUCUCAAGAACUUUGAAGGCGGAACCAAAGUUCUGCAUAAUGAUGGCAACUAUGGGGAUCCUCUAUCUUUGUAUCUUCGAGCCUUAUGUAGAGAAGGAAGAAUAGUUGAGCUACUAGAGGCCCUAGAAGCUAUGGAAAAAGAUAACGUGCCAAUCCCACCUAGGGCUAUGAUCCUGAGCAGAAAAUACCGCACGCUAGUUAGCUCGUGGAUUGAACCUUUGCAAGAAGAAGCUGAACUUGGAUAUGAGAUUGAUUACAUAGCCAGGUAUAUUGCAGAAGGUGGGUUAACAGGUGAACGGAAGCGAUGGGUCCCCCGAAGAGGGAAAACUCCUUUGGACCCUGAUGCUGACGGAUUUAUUUAUUCAAACCCUAUGGAAACCUCCUUCAAACAAAGGUGUCUGGAGGAGUGGAAGAUCCAUCAUCGAAAACUUUUAAAAACCUUACACAAUGAAGGACCAGCAGUGUUAGGGAAUGUAUCUGAAGCAGAAUAUAUCAGAGUUGAGGAGAGACUGAAGAAAAUUAUUAAAGGUCCUGAACAAAAUGCCUUGAAACCAAAAGCAGCCAGUAAAAUGUUAGUAUCAGAGCUAAAGGAAGAGCUUGAAGCACAAGAUCUGCCAACUGAUGGAACUAGAAAUGUACUCUACCAGCGUGUACAAAAAGCAAGAAGAAUAAAUCGUUCUAGGGGUCGACCACUUUGGGUGCCUCCUGUCGAAGAAGAAGAAGAAGAGGUUGAUGAAGAGUUGGAUAAGCUGAUCUCACGGAUCAAGUUGGAAGAAGGUAAUACAGAAUUCUGGAAGCGUCGUUUUCUUGGGGAGGGAUUAAACGAAAAUCAUAUCAAGUCCAUGGAGGAGAACAGUUCAGAAAUUAUUGAUGUCGCGGAUGAAGGCGAUGUUGUUGAUGAUGUUGCAAAAGAGAAUGAAGAUGAUGAGGCAGAUGAUGAGGAGGAAGAAGUGGAACAAAGUGAAAGCCAGGAAGUGGUUGACCAAGUGAAGGAAAAAGAAGUUGAAGUGGUGAAACCACUUCAAAUGAUUGGUGUGCAAUUGCUGAAAGACUCAGAUCAGACAACUAGCUCAUCAAGAAAAUCAAGGAGAAAGACUUCUCGAGUAUCAGUUGAGAACGAUGACGAUGAAGACUGGUUUCCUCUAGACAUACAUGAAGCAUUUAAGGAGAUGAGGAAUAGGAGAGUAUUUGAUGUAUCAGAUAUGUAUACCAUUGCUGAUGUUUGGGGUUGGACAUGGGAAAAAGAACUGAAGAACAAAGCUCCUCGAAGAUGGUCACAAGAGUGGGAAGUUGAAUUGGCAGUUAAAAUAAUGACUAAAGUUAUAGAACUGGGUGGGACACCGACUAUCGGGGAUUGUGCUAUGAUCUUGCGUGCUGCUAUACGAGCUCCCAUGCCUUCAGCAUUCUUGAAAAUGUUGCAGGCAACACACAACCUGGGUUAUUUUUUUGGCAGCCCCUUGUAUGAUGAAAUCAUCUCCUUGUGUCUUGAUCUCGGGGAACUUGACGCAGCUGUUGCCAUUGUGGCAGACUUGGAGACCACUGGAAUUAAGGUCCCAGAUGAAACCCUGGAUAGGGUUAUUUCUACAAGACAAAUGAAAGACAUUCCUUCUGAUAACGCAGCCCAGUAGUAAUAAUCUUUUAUCUUCCUUUCGUACAGUCGGAUUAUCCCUUUGUCAUUAUAAGGUGCACUCUUCAGGAGGGAUAAAAGAGAUUGAUUGGACCCAUUUUUGACUUGAAUGCAUUCUGAGGAUCCGCAAUUUUGACGCUUUUGUAUAUAAUGAACUGGCACAAUAUACGCGGACUAAUGGAUUUAUUCUAUCGGUAAUAGGUUGAGUACCUGAUCCCUUGAAUCAAGUUCCACCGUGUUUGCAUUGCCGUUGAGUAUUUUCAUUACAUUCAGUACCUUUUGUAAAUAAAGAAUUUUGUCACUCAGGCCCCUUCUUCUGAUGAGGUUGCAAAAUAACUUGGAAAAAUGGAUUUAAAGGAUUCAUUUCUUUU